AGCUAAAGUGUUUGUUUCAUUGUUGAUAUGAAAAAUCUGCUGAAACUAUCGGGUAUUUCUGUCCUAGUGUUCUUUAGCUACAUCCAUUGUACUUAUACAGAUGCACAAGAAAUAAGUGGAAAUUGCUCUGAAGGGUCUCAAACUUUGAACUGCUGUUAUAAUUUUUACUUGAUCGAAGAGCAAUGUAAACCUUGCAAUGACGGUUACUUCGGAGAUAAUUGCAGUGUUAAAUGUAAAUAUCCUGAAUACGGGAAAUCCUGUGGGCAAAGGUGUACCUGUCCAUCUGAACAAUGCAACCAUGUUUAUGGUUGUCAAGCAAGAGAUAUAACGACUCCCGGAUUUAACAAAAUAACAACGUCACAACAAAUUACAUCAACGUCUCAACAAAUUACAUCAACAUUUAUAAACUCCAAUGAGGAAACAUCAGAGACACAUAUGGUACAAGCUGAUACAGGACACGAGACAACUAUUAAGUCGGAAAUGGAUCGACAGUUAUCAACACAAACUGUUCGCAUAUCAGAAAAUGAUGUAAAAAAUAAUAAUUCUGUGAUAAUUAUCAUUGGCACUAUCAUUGCCUCGUUUUUAGCAAUUCUAACAGUUGUUCAGAUAUAUGGUAAAUGUAAACCGAAGGAGAAAAAACGAAUAUCAACUAACCAAAAUGAUCCCGAAACAUACGAGGAAAUAGAGGACGCCGCUAUUCUCUUAAGUAUCCGAAGUAAUCGUUACCAAGACUCCAGGAUGCAACAGACAAAAUAUGACGAAUUAAAGGAAACAACGAAAAACGAAUACUUAUUUAUAAAAUGUGAAACACAAGAUUUAACUAAUGAGGAAAAACACGAUGAACAUAUAUCAGACACUGCUAAUAUAUCUUCUGUAUCUCAAGAUCAGUUGAGUAAGUUAUCAAAGGACUCAGACUCUCCAGAGAGAGAUAAGGAGUCGUAUUUAGAGCCAGUGGUUAACCCCACACCUCAUCACUAUACAGACGUCCUGGAGAAUCCAUAUUUAGAUGUAAUACACAAUAAAGCUGAUGUUGAUAACAGUCCUUCUCAAGAUAAUGUAUUAUCAUUGCAGUAUGACGAUGUUCUACCAAACAGGACAGAAAAGUCUGUUAAAUAUGAUAAAAGCAAAAUGGUAGAGGAUAAUAUUUCAGCUGAAAAUUAUCUAGAUGUUAUUAAUAUGGUUUAAUUUGUUUAAAAAAAUAAAUGAAA